AUGCCGCGCCGAAACAAACGUGAGAAAGAUUGUGUGAAAAAAGCAAAAGGGCAGUCGGAAAAGGCAGCUGAGUUGAAGUCGACAGCAGAAUAUUGGAAAAUAUUAUAUGAAGAAACAAUAGUGAAAAUAGAAGUUAUAAAAAAAGAAAAAAUCCAAUUAUCUGAUGAGGUUGUUGAAAAAGAUGCAAAGAUCGAAAUAAUAAUAUCGGAACACGAUGAUACAAAAAAAAGGAUAUUCAUCUCAGAGAAACAAUGCAAUAUUUUGAGAUUAAAAGUGGAUCAAAUAGAGGAUGAGAUAAAAUAUAUAAAGAUAAGUAAAACCACCUCAAAAAGGCCAAAAAGAGAGUAUUCGGAGAUAAACGAUGAUGAACCUGGACCAUCGGAAGAAAGAAUUCUUAAAGCAUUUUCGACACUGCAAAAUUCGGAAUCUCGGGAUAACAGAAUGUUGGGAUGGCUCCACGAUGCUAUUUAUUGGGCUGGAGACGAGAAUCCAAAAAUUUUUAUGAUAUACUCUUUUACACACGCUGACAAAUAUACCGAUUUUCAAUCCAGAUUUUCCCCGACACAAACUUGGGCAUUGAAAAUUCAACACAAUUUGAGUGAUGGAUUUUUAAAAAACUUCAAGAGAACUGAAAAUGAAAUUCUGGGAUUCGAUGUACUUGCGUCAAGGGCAAAUGUUUUAGAGCUCUCAAAAACACACGAUGUAUCUCAUCUUUAUAAUAUUGAUUCGGAGAUUGUGAUGAAAAAUAAGAAUGAAUUGAGAGUUCCUCGCAUUAUGAUUAUAAAAGUUGAACCCCUUUUGAAAAUUCAUCUGGAAAGAUUAGACAACGCAGGACGAGUUCACUACGAAAAUCCAGAUGAUCCGGUGAAUGUGAAUCUUUAUGGCGAUAAAGGACGAGAUGAAAUGAAAUGUUCAAUUUCGAUCGCUGAUGGGCCAAACCCAAAUUGCGUUUACUCUUUAUCAAUUAUUACACUUUAUUUUGGAAGCGACACUUAUGAACAACUGAAAGCUCGUUUACCACACAUGUUUGAAGAUAUAAAUCAGCUGAAGUUUAUCAAUUUCAAUGGGCAAAAAAGACGAGUUGUAUUUCAUGUUUUAGCGGAUAUGAAGUUCAUUAGUGCAACAGUAGGUCAUUCGGGUCAAAGUUCAAACCACCCAUGUUAUAAGUGUUACAUCAAAAUCUGUCUUCGUGGAAAAGAUAAAUCUACUCUUCUCACGUUUAAUUUCAAAGAUGUUGCAAUUCUAAGAACUUUGGAUUCAAUGCGGACUGAUGCGAAAACUGGUGACUUUGGAAUGAUUUUAGGAAGUGCGCCUUUACUUGAUAUCGAUGUUGAAAACUUAGCGCCCCCUGAGGUCCACAUCAUUUUGCGCAUUUUCAAAAAAUAUAUCUAUGAUUCUCUUCUGGCAGAAUGUAAUUUGAAGGAUAAUACUGAUAUCAACGAAGAACGAUUGGCUGAUCAAAAAAGAAUUUUAGAAAAUCUCAAAAAAGAGGAAACCACAUCACUUGAAAAUUUGAAAAUCAGAGAGAAAGAAUUGAAAGAUGCUGAAAAAAUGUACGACGCAUUAGUUGAUUAUAGAAAGAUCCGAAAACCGUGCUCUUCGGUAUAUUGUAUUGGUAACAAAGUGGUUCCGAAAACCAGCGAGAUGAUCAGUUGCUGUGAUUGUAAAAAAUUGUUCCAUUCCCAAUGUUUGCUCUUGAUAACAGAAGAAGAAGUUCGAGAGAAACGUAUCAACUAUUCGUGUAUUUUAUGCAAAAAAUUCACCAUACAAAUGUUGUUGACGGAAUCAUUUAUGAGAAAGAAUACAUUUGAACGUAUGUAUGAUCAGAAGUUGAAUGAGUAUAAUAAAGCAGUUACCGAAAGAGAAAAAAUGGAAGACAUCCUGAUAAAAUUGAAAGGUCCAACUCGGCAAGAACUCGAGAAAGUUUUGAGAGAAAUUGGAUGUGAUCAAAGGGCUUUCUUCCAAGAAAUGGUUGGAAAUCAAGUCAGAAAAAUUUUGAGACCACCUAAUAUUGAACGAAUUAUGAAUGUUUUGAAGGGCACUCCUAAAUAUGACAGUUUGAAAAAAGUAAUGAUCCUGCUUGGUAGAAUUAUGACUUAUGGCGGAACAAAAACAUAUUCAGAACCUGAAAUUAAGGAAUUUGAACAAUUAUUAGAUUUAUUCGUGGAUGCCUUAAGGGAAUGCCAUCCAAAUGAAACAGUUAUUCCAUCAUUACAUAUGCUCCAUGCUCAUGUUCCAAAUCAUAUGCGAAAACAUGGUAGUUGGGGUCGAUCAUCCGAACAAGUUGGCGAGAAUUUGCAUUCACAUUAUAAUAGAAUCGAUACUAAUUAUUCGCAUGUUCCAAAUGUUGUGGAUAGAGCAAAUCUUGUUAUGAGAAGAAUGAGUGAAUGGAAUUAUUUGUAUGAUACUGGAGAAUUGGACAAAUGUUCUUCAUUCGAUGAUUGA